CAUCAUUGUGGAGAGGCGACAGAGAUAGCAGGGUACGAACAGCGGAGAGCCUAAACCCUCCGGACUCUGUCGGUUCUUACAGAGGACAGGAGGCUUCAUUUUGAAUCUAUUAAUGACCGCAGGGAGACCUCAGUCAAAACGUCGCUUCAGAUUUGGAGAUGGGACAAACACAUUUGCUGUUGGCAGGUCAUCGCCAUGAAACCAGCUUCAUGUUACCAAUGCAUCGCGUUCGUUACCCUGCAGCCUGCAGCACGGACUGUUCAAGUUAAACGGGUUCUUCAGCGGAUCUGCUCUGAUUGACAGUCCUGAUAUUUCCAUCUGGACCUGGUGGUAUGAGAGGCUCCAGGAGACGGUGAUGGAGCUCCAGGAGUUGGGCUGGCUGUGUCUGGUAGGUCUCUUCCUAACCUCCCUACUCAUUGUGCUGGGAUGGCUGCUCCAGUACUUGCUGACCGUGCUGCGUCUGUGGGGAUCCAGGAAGACAGCCAAGCAGGACAGGAGAGAUAUAGCCUGGCAGCAGCUCUCCAUCACACAGCCCCAGCAGAGCCUGGCUGGAGGAGCGUGGGGCUUCCUGCUGAAGCUCCGCUCGGGCCGGGGUGCAGGGGCUUCAUCUGAGGCAGGGGUGAAAGGCCUGUUGACCUCUCUGUUCUCCUUCAAGUCCUUCAGAGAGCACUGGCAGAGGACCUGGGUCAAAGCUCUGAAUGAGCAAGCAUGCAGGCAUGGGAGCUCCAUCCAGAUCACUUUUGACAGCAGCCUCCAGUUAUCGGCUAACUCUGCAAUAGAGAGUGUGACCUGCACUGACCAAUCGGCAAACCGCAUGGUUUUAAACUGUAAAUGUUGGGUGGACACAGUGACGCUCCCUGUGACCGUCACCCUGCAGUCACAUGCUGCCGUUUCCAUGGACACCUACCAGAUCACUAUAGCACCUAUGGUGGCACAGGUGGUGGUGUGUCUGGAGGAGGUGGAGGACGAAGGUCUGCUGAUGUCUUGGACUCUUUCCAAGCAGCCGACAUUUUCUCUGAGCGUGUCUCCAUGCAGGCUGCAGAGACAGGGCACGGAGGGCCGGGCGGACCUGGACACGAUUAAAGGACUGAUCGAGGACACGCUGUUCAGCGCUCAGCCUGCCAUGGUUCUCAACCUGAAAGCCUGUGUGUCCAGUCCUUCGGCCCCCAUGGACCAUCCAUCAGUGGGAUUGAACUCUGUACCCCAGAGUGUCGUAGUGAGACGGCUCUUGCUCCGGCAGCUCACGGCGACCUUAAGUAAAGGUCAGUGGUCCAGAUCAGGGGAGCUAUGCUGUGUCCUGAGCCUGGACCCCCCGUCCACAGAGAGGACCACCCGCUUCCUGUCCGCACCCGGAAACUCCAACGCCCCGCUGGAGUGGAGUGAAGAAAUCGCUCUGGAGGUGGGUCUGGAGACCAAAGAGCUGAGAGUCAGACUCCUGGAGCGGAACGGCAAAAGGGAACAGUUCCUGCCCGGCCACGCCUCCAUCCCUCUGGACCUCCGGUGUAAAGCUCCCACCGGACAACACACGCUGUCCAUCAGCCCCGGACAUGGCUUGGCUCCACACGCCACCAUCACAGCAGAGCUGGUUUAUGUGGAAACAGAAGAGCCACGCAGCCCCCACAAUGCUUUGCCACUUGGUUCCUCCCUCACCCCGAGUAAGAAAGUCGACGUGGACCGAACCAUCAUGCCGGAUGGAACCAUCGUAACCACGGUCACCACCAUCCAGUCGCGACUCAAACUGGACCGCAGUCCAGGUGAAUCCCCUUUGCGCUCGCCGUCUAAGGUGGAGGUGACGGAGAAGAAAGCCACCAUCCUGACAGACGGCAGCCCCAGCCCCAACCUCAGCAAGAGCAGCCGCCUGUCUAAUGGCCUGGAUCCUGUUGCAGAGACGGCCAUCCGGCAGCUGACAGAGUCCGCCGGCAAAGUAGCACGGAAGACGCCAACGAGGAGGAGCACGCUGAUCAUCUCAGGCGUGUCAAAGGUUCCCCUCUCAGAAGAUGACUCAGCGUUAUCGAGCGGCUACGCUGCAGCCAUGGACGCAGCGAUGCAUGGCAACCAUUACGGGGCGGGGCAAAACCAGGAGACCGAUGAGACCACACCUUCUGAUGUGUCGGAGCGCCCCUCUGUGGACGAUGUGGAGUCGGAUACUGGUUCGGCUGGGGCCUUGGAGACCUGCAGCCUCAAGGACCAUAAAGUGGGCUUUCUCCAAAGUGGGACGAAGCUGUUGUUCCGCAGAAGACAUCGGGAGAAGGAGUCCAGCCUCAGCCAAUCCCACGAAGACAUCUCCAACAUGGGCAAUAACUUUGCUGCCGCUGCAACUAUCAACCGGAAAAAGUCUGGCAGCUUCUCUCGGCGUCUGAUAAAACGCUUCUCUUUCCGCUCAUCGGGCAAAUCAAAAGGCAAAGAUACCAAUGGAGGGGCGAGCUCACUGGAUAACUGAUCAUCAACCUGUUUUUGGACGGACUGAACACCCCUGGUGGGUCGGCACCUGGACGUCUUGAAAGGAGGAUACCUCUGGGAGGACUUUCCUGUGGAGAUAAAUGAUUGCACCUUCGGGACAGAAGGCAUGGUUAUUCACACCACUGAGGUUUAAAUGUGAUUCUUUUUCUUUUGAGGAGAAAUCUGCUGCUUGAUGAGGAGAAGUCACGAUGAAAUGUGAGUGUUUGAUUGUGACCAAUGCUGAAAAUGCUCUAAGCUAUUUAUUGAUAUAAAAAAAAGCCAGUAUGAUGCAUUUGAUUGCACUUGAGACCGUUUUUUCUAUCAGCACGUGUACAAUUCCCUGGAUGUAUAACAGUCAUUCAUUAUGUGGUUCUCGUGAAACAAGUGCUAUUUAUUUUACCCCCCAAAAAAUGAAAAGUCAUCGUAGUUUCUUCACACUGUAAAAUAAAGCCAUUUCUGUGUUGAUUUAAGCCCAUAGUUUCAGUAAAAUAAAAAUAAAUCGGUCAUAAUCUAGUAAGUCAAUUCUUAAUUGCUUUCACAUUGGUUUUAAAAGGUUGUUCAAUGUUGUAUCUGAUAAGAAAAUAUCCUUUUAUUGUACUUUUCUUUUAUAAAGGUACUUUCUGUGGAACAUAAAACAUAUAAUGCUUUUCCGUUUGCUUGUGAAACUUCAACUAGCAAGGUUCUCGAGCAGACUCAAGCAGGGCAAUAAGUUUGAUAUAAAUUCUGUCAGUAAAUAAUAUAUGUUCAGGUAUUUCUCUCCUUGCGGCUACUCUUAACUCCGAUUAAGUAAAAUAUACGAGUAUAUCAUAGUGAAUUCAGUUGAUGUGGACAUUUCAUUAUAGCAAUAAUGGUCAAUAAUUUGCAGUAAGACUGCAUACUGUAUAUUGUGCAAAAUUCCUCACAUAGGUUAAGUAAUCAUAGCAACACAUUCUGUAUUAUAUAUUCAGGAGCAUUAUCGGAGUGAUUCAUUUUAAAUAAAGGUCAGUCUCAAAUGAGUGAAAAACACGCAACAGACUUUAGACUAAGAAAAGGUCUUUGGAAAGGUUUUAAAAAGAUGGAUGUGAUUUCACGACAAGCGGAUAGGUAGAGAGGACAUACUCAGGGCUAGAAGACUUCUAGCAACUAGACAUUAGUAAACCUACACCUAAAGGAAAACAUAACCCCAACCAGCAUGUAAAAAUGUACAUGUUUUUUUGGCCAUAUAUUUUUCUGAUAACAAUUCAACUGACUGCAUUAAUUUUGGGACUUCAGAGCAACCAAAUCAGGGUUAUUUGCACUAAUAAAAUAAUAGAUAUGAAAAGGGGAUCACAUAGGUGAAGCUACUGCUGUCAAACUGAUCGUGUACUUUACAAAACAACAAUUCAAGACACUGAAUAAACGAACAAAGCAAUUUUAUUGUCUGAAGGCACAUUAUAUAAAUAUGGCUGGAAUGUUUAACAUGAAGCAGCUGCAAAAUCUAAGAUAUGUAUGAUUUCUGAUGUUAUAUUUGAAAUGUUUAAUUUAUUGCAAAUAAAUUAUUUUUGAAGCUUCA